CACCGAACCGAAACACUGAACGAUAAGAAGAAGAGAGAGAGAGAGAGAGUAAAUAAAAAAACAAAGAGUGUUUUCUCUAUAACGAAGUGCUCCUUCCCGCAAAGCAAUGCCUGCCAUCACCUGAAUUCUAUGCUCUUUUCUCGUAACUUUUUCGUUUCUUUCGUCAAUUUCGUACAACUAACUAACACUACUUAAAAUCACAAGCUAUACAAAACUAAAUUCAUCUGCAUUUUGUGUAACCGCAGUGUUCAAGAUCUUGAAGGAUAAUGCUAUUUCUGGAAAAGAUUUUUGAGAGGAAUGUUUGAUCCAGUUUGAAAUAAUCGAUUCUUAAGAUUUUCUCUGCUUCAUUUCGUCUACGAUCGAGUGGAGCAAUCUAUUGCACUAUAAAAGGUUGAUUUUCUGAGAGAAUGGCAUCUUGGGAAAACAUGGGAGAUUUUGCAAAUGUGGCGCAAUUGACUGGGGUAGAUGCUGUGAAGUUGAUUGCUAUGAUUGCGAAAGCUGCAACCACUGCAAGGAUGCAUAAGAAAAACUGCAGGCAAUUUGCACAGCAUUUGAAGUUAAUUGGGAACUUGUUGGAGCAGCUCAAGAUCUCGGAGCUGAAGAGGUACCCAGAAACUAGGGAGCCUUUGGAGCAGCUUGAAGAUGCUCUUAGAAGGUCUUAUAUAUUGGUUAAUAGUUGUCAAGACAGGAGCUACCUUUAUUUGCUGGCUAUGGGAUGGAACAUUGUUUAUCAAUUCAGGAAGGCUCAGAAUGAAAUUGAUCGAUACUUACGUCUUGUUCCUCUCAUUACUCUUGUGGAUAAUGCUCGAGUCAGGGAGAGACUUGAAGUUAUUGAAAAGGAUCAACGUGAAUACACAUUAGACGAUGAGGACCAACAGGCGCAUACGGUUAUUUUAAAACCUGAUCCUGACAAGGAUGAUGCUGCAGUGCUGAAGAAAACUCUCUCCUGUUCGUAUCCAAACUGUUCUUUCACUGAAGCUAUUAAAAAAGAGAAGGAAAAACUUAACCUAGAGCUACAAAGGUCACAAGCAAAUUUGGAUAUGAAUCAAUGUGAAGUGAUUCAACGUUUAUUAGAUGUCACAAAAGUAGCAGAGUAUUCUCUUCCAGACAACUGUUCACCUGAAAAAAGUCAUAAGAAAGAGAAAUACAGUUACUCUAAUGCCAAUGAUGACAAGGGUCUUUCAUCAGAUGAAAAAUACUAUGCAAAAACUGAUAGUACUGUUUCGACAUCAAGAUUUUCCGUUUCCCAAAAGGAUCUGAUGUCAACCGGAGGUUCAUAUCAGCAGGCAGAGUGGCACACUGAUUUGCUUGCUUGUUGUUCAGAACCUUCUCUUUGUCUGAAGACAUUCUUCUAUCCUUGUGGAACAUUUUCAAAGAUUGCUACGGUUGCAAAAAACAGGCCCAUGUCCUCAGCAGAAGCAUGUAAUGAAUUGAUGGCAUAUUCUUUAAUUUUAUCAUGUUGUUGCUAUACUUGCUGUAUAAGGAGAAAGCUUCGGAAGAUGUUGAACAUCACGGGUGGUUUUGUUGAUGAUUUUCUCUCUCAUUUGAUGUGUUGCUGCUGUGCUCUCGUACAAGAAUGGAGAGAAGUGGAGAUCCGUGGGCUUAGUGCUCAUGAGAAGACCAAAACAAGCCCUCCACCUUCCCAGUACAUGGAAUCUUAAGUAACAAAUGAAACUGUCAUUUGGUUGUUUAGGGAUUCAAUGGUCCUAGGAGACAUUAAAUAGAAGCUAUUGGAAUUCUAACAUGAAGGCAGGAACUAUGUAUUUUUAUUCUCACCGUACCUUGCCUCUUUAGAACUACUAUGUAUGUAUAGUAAUUUUGUUGUGUUGUACUAAGAAAAAAAGUAGCUUCUAGAUUUAUCUGGUGUAUCAUUUUUAUUAAUUUGUUUUCCUGGUUUAAUAUAGUUUGAGUUAAUUUCUUGGCAUAUUUUGUUGGAUUUUCUCUUUGGCAAA